UAUAUUCCUUUUUUUUCCCUGGAAGUGGAGUGCCAUGAAAGUGUGAUAUGCAUCACUUUAUCACUAUAGCAAUUUUGAUUUUCAACAAGAUGGGGCCUAGCUUAGCUCUGAAAAAAUUGUGAGGUUGUACCAAACUCAAUCCAAAAAAAUAUUUUGAGUGGCUGAGCCACUAAUCCUAUUGGACCGGCUGAAAAUUAUCAUUCUCUUGCCAACUCCUAGCUUCCUUUAUUUGUAUAUAAAUAGCUGCCAUUGAACACUGAUAGUAAUACAAAACUUGCAUCCAUUUAUAUUUCUACUGCUUUCUCAGAAGCUAUUCUGAAGACAUGAAGGAUAACUCCUCAAAAGUUGUUGUUUUGUUCCUUAUAAGCUUCUUUUUUUUGAAUCAGCUCCUUGUGUCCUCGCAACUUGAUUAUAGGUUCUAUGAUGACUCUUGUCCCAACCUAACAAGGAUUGUCAGAUAUGGCGUCUGGAUGGCCCUUUCUAAUGAUACUAGGAUGGCUGCCUCUCUCCUACGGCUUCAUUUUCAUGAUUGCUUUGUCAACGGUUGUGAUGGAUCAGUGUUGCUUGAUGACACUAGCACAUUCAAGGGGGAGAAAAAUGCGCUCCCGAACAUGAACUCUAUUCGAGGUUUUGAGGUCAUUGAUAAUAUAAAGGCUGUUUUAGAGAGAGUCUGCCCAUCCGUCGUUUCAUGCACCGAUAUACUAACUCUAGCAGCAAGAGAGGCUGUCUACUUUGCUGGAGGAUCAUAUUGGCCUAUUCCACUUGGUCGCCGAGAUGGCACAACAGCGAGCGAGAGUGAAGCCAAUCAGCUGCCAUCACCAUUGGAGCCAUUGGAGAAUAUCAUUGCAAAAUUCACUUCAAAAGGUCUUAAUGUAAAGGAUGUUGUUGUGCUCUCAGGUGCACACACUUUCGGAUUUGCUCGGUGCAUGAUGUUCAAACACAGGCUCUUCAACUUCAACAACUCUGGAAAUCCUGAUCCAGAACUCAGCACAUCGCUGCGACAGAACUUACAGAGCAUGUGUCCUAAUCAAGAUGACUCCAACAACAAACUGGCUCCCUUGGACGCCUACACGACCAACAAGUUCGACAAUGUGUAUUACAGGAACCUGGUGAACAAGUUGGGACUUCUGCAGUCGGACCAAGCUCUCAUGCAAGACAAUACAACUGCUCCUUUUGUGGUAGACUACAGCAGGUACCCAUAUCUGUUUUACAGGGACUUUGGAGCAUCAAUGGUGAAGCUGGCCAAUAUUGGGAUCCUCACUGGCCAGAAUGGGGAGAUUAGGAAGAACUGCAGGGUGGUGAACUAGAACUUAGAAGAUUUGCCUUUACAACCUAUUUGUAAAUUUGACCAACUCUCUUUUUAUAAUAAAUUGUAUGUUGGCUAGUGUUUAUACUACUACAUUUGCUGUUA